AUGCUCUCACGUGUUGCUGCAGUGAAGGCACCCAACAGACACAACCGUCGCCGCGUGAUCGGAUCCAGCGGAAGGAGGAGGGAAGGAAGAGAGAGUGAGCCGCAGAGGCCCAACAUGUCCCGGCGUGUGUUUACUUCCGCGGCGCUGCACCCCCUCGUCGUGAUGUGGAUGUGCUGCGGCCCCUGUGAGGCUGCAACCGUAUCGACGGGUGAGAAUUCAGUGAAUGCGCGGC